AUGGAUAGCAAAGUUGUCGGCAUUUUAGGUGGAGGUCAAUUGGGCCGAAUGAUCGUAGAGGCUGCGAAUCGUUUGAAUAUAAAGACAAUCGUGUUGGAUGCUCCCAAUUCUCCCGCAAAGCAAAUUAAUGCUCACAAUGAUCAUGUAGAUGGAUCAUUCACAGACUUGAAAUCUAUUAGAGAAUUAGCAAGUAAAUGUGAUGUUCUUACGGUAGAAAUCGAACACGUCGAUGUGGAAGCAUUGAAUAUUGUGUCCAAGGAAACAGGAAUAAAGAUUUAUCCAUUGCCAGAAACAAUAAAGCUAAUUCAAGAUAAAUAUCUCCAGAAGGAGCAUCUUAUUGAACAUGGAAUUGCUGUUACCCAAUCAACUGCGAUAAACUCAAAUGAUGAAAAUGAGUUAGAAGAGGUUGGAAACAAAUAUGGCUAUCCUUUUAUGUUGAAGUCAAGGACCAUGGCUUACGAUGGAAGAGGUAAUUAUGUUGUGAAGACCAAAGAAAAUAUUCCCGAAGCGUUGAAAUUUUUGGCAGAUAGACCUCUCUAUGCCGAGAAAUGGUGUCCUUUCACGAAAGAAUUGGCUGUUAUGGUAGUCAGAUCAGUGGAAGGAGAAGUUUUUUCGUACCCUAUAGUAGAAACUGUGCAUAGGGAUAAUAUUUGUCAUAUAGUUUAUGCUCCUGCGAGAGUUUCUGAUACGGUCAAGUUUAAUGCUUCUAUUUUAGCCCAAAAUGCUGUGAAGACUUUCCCUGGAUGUGGUAUAUUUGGGAUUGAGAUGUUCUUAUUACCAGAUGGAGAUAUAUUGAUUAAUGAGAUUGCUCCCAGGCCACAUAACUCUGGACACUAUACUAUUGAUGCAUGUGUAACUUCUCAAUUCGAAGCUCAUGUAAGGGCCGUAGUUGGAUUACCGAUGCCAAAGGGUUUCACUUGCCUUGCAACUUCGAACACAAAUUCAAUUAUGUUAAAUGUCCUAGGCGAUAAGCAACCAAAUAAAGAGCUCGAGAUAUGUAGAAGGGCAUUAGAGACUCCGCAUUCAUCUGUUUAUCUCUAUGGUAAAUCUACGAGGCCAAAUAGGAAAAUGGGUCACAUAAAUAUUGUGUCAUCAUCAAUGGAAGACUGUGAAUCACGAUUAAAUUAUAUACAAGGAAUUUCUAAAGAAGUGCCAACCUCUUUGGAAGCACCUAAAGAGAAACCUCUUGUCGGUAUAAUUAUGGGAUCAGAUUCUGAUUUACCAGUAAUGUCAGUGGGUGCUAAUAUCUUAAAAAAGUUUGGCGUUCCAUUUGAAUUGACUAUAGUAAGUGCUCAUAGAACGCCCCAUAGAAUGGCUGUUUAUGCUGGGAGCGCGGCAGAUAGAGGUUUGAAGGUUAUAAUUGCGGGAGCUGGAGGUGCUGCUCACUUACCAGGUAUGGUUGCAGCAAUGACUCCGCUCUCUGUUGUUGGUGUUCCUAUCAAGGGCUCUUCCUUAGACGGAGUGGACUCUUUGCAUUCUAUAGUACAAAUGCCAAGAGGAAUUCCUGUGGCUACAGUUGCGAUAAACAAUAGUACUAAUGCUGCAUUGUUGGCUAUAAGAAUUUUAGGUGCUUAUGACUAUAAAUGGCAGAAGGAAAUGAAACUGUACUUAAAUAACAUGGAACAAGAAGUAUUGACCAAAGUAGACAAGCUUGAAAAAACUGGCUACGAGGACUACAAGCCAUAA